UACUUCAUUGUAUGCCUUGAAGAUGGUGCCGCAUGGGUUCAGGUUCAAUCCAACUGAUGAAGAGCUCAUCCAAUUCCUAGACAGAAAAGCUUCUGGCCAAGAAAUGCCACUUCAUUUCAUUCUCGAAACAAAUGUUUACGAGCGUGAACCACAGGAUCUUGAAUGUGCGUAAUAUGCACCAUGUAUUUCUUUGUUCUACUGCAUGUAGGGCUCGUGAUUUUUCUUCCCUUUUCUUUGCAAUAAUGGUAUAGUGCGUGGAAAUGAUUUUUUAAAGCUUUUUUGCAUGAUACUAUAUGGUACAAAUUAAUUUCAGGCUACCUAUAUAUUGUCUAGGGUUCAAGUUUAGAGGGAUAAUAUCAUAUUCCGUGAUCUUGUCCAUCCAUUGAAAUUUACAGUAUCAAUGUUGAGUUUAUGUUAGUUUCUACCUUACUAUGAGAUCUGACUGCUUAAGUCAGAUCUCUAUAACAAUAUUGUUACAUGCAGGGAAUCAAACCACGCCUUUAAGCAACGGUGAGAGAUACUACUAUUGUACGAGGGAGAUAAACUAUUCGAGGGAAGUACUCGGUCGAGGAUGGUGGAAAGCUACGAGCCAUGUCAAGAAAAUACAUGCUAAUAAUGAUGAUCAACUUCUUGUUGGGAACAAGAGGCCUUUAACAUUCCAUAGGUUCAAGGACAAUGAAAGAAAUCGCAAUAAUGCCGUCAAGACUAAUUGGAUUAUGUAUGAAUACAGCCUUGAAUCAAGAACCACGUUAUGGAAGCUGUGCAAGAUUAAGCACAAGGGGAAACCAAGCGUGCAAGAAGAGAUGGAGAGUAUGAGGGAACAAUAUUCAUCGAGGAAUGAUUUCGAAGCAGGUAGUUCGACCAAUUUUGUUGGUGGGCAACAGCAACAGGAGCAGACCAUACUGUCUACAAAUUAUGAAGGAUAUGAUCAUCAUCAAUCCUAUUAUCAAUGGAACAAUAUGCAGCAGUUACCACCAUCCCCAUAUGAUCCUUAUCUACCGGCACCACCGAGUACAAGUAGUGGUCACUAUUAUGUGGAGCAGCAAGAGAAGUUAGAGCCCAGUGAUGAGCACCCAUUUCCUAGUCUUUGGUCUUGGACGAACUAGGAUUUUGUUGUCCAUCAUUUUUUGUUGCUUCUAAAUCCAGGUUGCUAUGAAUGUAUGAAAAAAUUGCUUAUGCAUGUUUUGGUAUAAGGAAGGACGUCUCGUUGCCUUUCUGUUACUGUAGUCAUUAUCGCAAUGUUAGAAAUAAA